AUGGCUGUUGGCAAGAACAAGAGAUUGUCCAAGGGCAAGAAGGGUCUUAAGAAGAAGACCCAGGACCCCUUCGCCCGCAAGGACUGGUACGGCAUCAAGGCCCCUGCGCCUUUCAACGUCAGAGAUGUCGGCAAGACCCUGGUCAACCGCACCACCGGUCUCAAGAACGCCAACGAUGCUCUGAAGGGCCGCAUCUUCGAGGUCUCUCUCGCUGACCUCCAGAAGGAUGAGGACCACUCCUUCCGCAAGGUCAAGCUCCGUGUCGAUGAGAUCCAGGGCAAGAACUGCCUGACCAACUUCCACGGUCUCGACUUCACCUCCGACAAGCUCCGCUCGCUUGUCCGCAAGUGGCAGACUCUCAUUGAGGCCAACAUCACCGUCAAGACCACCGACGACUACCUCCUCCGCCUCUUCGCCAUUGCCUUCACCAAGCGCCGCCCUAACCAGGUUAAGAAGACCACCUAUGCUGCCUCUUCUCAGAUCCGCGCCAUCCGCCGCAAGAUGACCGAGAUCAUCCAGCGCGAGGCUUCCAGCUGCACCCUCACCCAGCUCACCUCCAAGCUCAUCCCCGAGGUCAUUGGCCGCGAGAUUGAGAAGGCUACCCAGGGCAUCUACCCCCUCCAGAACGUUCACAUCCGCAAGGUCAAGUUGCUCAAGCAGCCCAAGUUCGACCUCGGUGCUCUCAUGUCUCUCCACGGCGAGUCUGGCUCCGACGAGGCUGGCCAGAAGGUCGAGCGUGAGUUCAAGGAGACCGUUCUCGAGUCCGUAUAA